AUGUCCAGCUCGCCGCUGUCAAAGAAGCGUCGCUUGUCAGGAACAGAGACGAAGACGGGAUCCCACUGCUCCUCCUCUAACUCUGUCAGAACUGAUCUGUCCCACACACCUGCCAACGGCAUGGCUAAGAAUGGCAAUGAUGCUGAUAUUGAUGAAGGCCUGUACUCCAGACAACUUUAUGUGUUGGGCCAUGAGGCUAUGAAGCGCAUGCAGAACUCCAAUGUCCUCAUCUCUGGUAUGAGAGGGCUGGGAGUGGAAAUUGCCAAGAACGUCAUCUUAGGAGGAGUAAGAAGUGUCACUGUGCAUGACCAGGGCAUUGCAGAAUGGAGAGAUCUCUCUUCACAGUUUUACCUCUGGGAAGAAGACUUGGGGAAGAACAGGGCAGAGGUGACGCAGCCUCGUUUGGCUGAACUCAACAGCUAUGUCUCAGUGAAUGCUUACACAGGAGAGCUCACUGAAGACUAUCUGACCCAGUUCCAGAUGGUAGUGCUAACUAACUCCACACUGGACGAGCAAAUUCAAAUUGGAGAAUUCUGCCACAGUAAGGGAAUCAAACUGAUUGUUGCUGACACACGAGGCCUGUUUUGCCAGGUUUUCUGUGAUUUCGGUGAUGAGAUGGUAGUGUAUGACACCAAUGGAGAACAGCCCCUGAGUGCCAUGAUUUCAAUGAUCACUAAGGACAGUCCAGGUGUGGUGACAUGUCUAGAUGAGGCUCGUCAUGGCUUUGAGAGUGGAGACUACGUCUCUUUCACGGAAGUUCUUGGUAUGACGGAGCUCAACAACUGCAAGCCAGUUGAAAUCAAAGUUCUUGGUCCCUACACCUUUAGCAUCUGUGACACAACCAGUUUUUCAGACUAUAUAAGGGGUGGGAUUGUGACACAAGUCCGGAUGCCUGCAAAGGUUUCAUUUAAAUCCAUAUCGUCCUCCAUGGCUGACCCAGAGCUUGUAAUGACAGACUUUGGAAAGUUUGAACAUCCACCACAGCUGCAUCUGGGCUUUCAAGCCAUCCAUAGCUUCCAGAAAAAGCACAGCCGUCUGCCUGCACCUUGGAACCAGAGUGACGGUGAAGAGUUGGUUACACUGGCUAAGGAGGUGAACUCUGCUCAAACUGGAUCAGCCAAAGUGGAGCAAGUGAAUGAAGCACUAAUUAAAAAACUGGCCUUUGUGUCUUCUGGUGACCUAGCCCCUGUUAAUGCUUACAUUGGUGGCGUGACAGCACAGGAAGUGAUGAAGGCUUGCACAGGGAAAUUUAUGCCUAUAAGGCAGUGGCUGUACUUUGAUGCCCUGGAGUGUUUGCCUGAAGAGGAUGGAGUUUUACUCACAGAGGAAGAAUGUGCUCCAAGAAAUUGUCGCUAUGAUGGACAGAUUGCCGUUUUUGGCAGAAAGUUGCAAGAAAUACUUGCCAAGCAACGCUACUUCCUGGUGGGAGCUGGUGCCAUUGGCUGUGAGCUGUUAAAGAACUUUGCCAUGAUGGGACUUGCUUGUGGUGAGGGCAAGGUCAUUGUGACAGAUAUGGACACCAUAGAGAAGUCAAACCUCAACAGGCAGUUCCUCUUCAGACCCUGGGAUGUUACGAAAAUGAAAAGUGACACAGCUGCAGCAGCAGUGAAACAGAUGAACCCUUCCUUCAAGAUAACAGCCCACCAGAACAGGGUUGGCCCUGAAACAGAGAGGGUCUAUGAUGAUGACUUCUUUGAAAGUCUUGAUGGAGUUGCCAAUGCUUUGGACAAUGUUGAUGCACGUAUGUACAUGGAUCGGAGAUGCGUGUACUACCGUAAACCUUUACUGGAGUCUGGUACUUUGGGUACUAAAGGCAAUGUCCAGGUUGUCAUUCCCUUCCUCACAGAGUCCUACAGCUCCAGCCAAGAUCCUCCUGAGAAAUCCAUCCCCAUAUGUACCCUGAAGAACUUCCCCAAUGCCAUUGAGCACACACUGCAAUGGGCCCGUGACGAGUUUGAGGGACUGUUCAAACAGCCGCCAGAGAAUGCCAUGCAAUACCUCACAGAUCCUAAGUUCAUGGAGCGUACUUUAAAACUUCCUGGAGCUCAGCCAGUGGAAGUGUUGGAGGCAGUACAUAAGAGUCUUGUCACAGACCGUCCUCACAGCUGGGCUGACUGUGUAGCUUGGGCCCGCAACCACUGGCAGUGUCAGUACAGCAACAACAUCCGCCAGCUGCUGCACAACUUUCCUCCGGACCAGCUUACCAGCUCUGGCGCCCCCUUCUGGUCUGGCCCAAAGAGGUGUCCACACCCCCUAGAAUUUAGUACAAGUAACGAGCUGCAUAUGGACUAUGUGAUGGCAGCAGCCAACCUGUUCGCUCAGACAUAUGGCCUCCCCGGCAGCACUGACCGUGCAGCACUGACCAAAAUUUUGCAGGAGGUCAGUGUGCCUGUCUUUAUGCCACGCUCUGGGGUUAAAAUCCAUGUAUCUGAUCAAGAGCUGCAGAACAGCAAUUCUUCUGUCGAUGACUCCAGGUUGACAGAGCUUAAGACCCUGUUGCCAACUGCUGAAUCGUUCCAGUUGAAACUCAACUCCAUUGACUUUGAGAAGGAUGACGACACAAAUUUCCACAUGGACUUCAUUGUGGCAGCAUCCAACCUGCGAGCAGAGAACUAUGACAUUCCACCAGCAGAUAGACACAAGAGCAAACUGAUAGCUGGCAAGAUCAUUCCUGCCAUUGCCACGACCACUGCUGCAGUGGUUGGCCUUGUGUGCUUGGAGCUCCUCAAAAUUGUUCAAGGACAUAAGAGCCUGGAGUCCUUCAAGAAUGGCUUCAUGAACUUGGCCCUUCCUUUCUUUGCCUUCUCUCAGCCCAUCGCCGCUCCCACCCACGAGUACUACGAUAUUAAGUGGACCUUGUGGGAUCGCUUUGAAGUCACAGGAAUGAAGCCCAGUGGGGAGAUGACACUCCGAGAGUUCCUGGACUAUUUUCAGAAUGAGCACAAGUUGGAGAUCACCAUGCUUUCUCAGGGAGUCUCCAUGUUGUAUUCCUUUUUCAUGUCUUCCCCAAAGCUCAAAGAGAGAGAGCACCUGCCGAUGACUGAAAUUGUGGCUAAGGUGUCUAAAAAGAAGCUGGGCAAGCAUGUCAAAGCGCUGGUGUUCGAGCUCUGCUGCAAUGACAAUUCUGGCGAAGAUGUGGAAGUACCCUAUGUCAGAUACACCAUCCGCUGAGUCACACACUGAACCAGCCCUCAGACAUGGGGAGGGGGAAACUGGGUGGUUGGUUGGUGUGAGAAUUUGGGAGGGGAGUUCUUUGUUGUUCAGCUGUAUGUAGUUUAAAAAAAUUUUUUUGUUUUGUUUUGUUUUGGGGUUUUUUUAAUGGCACAUGGUUGGUGUUACCUGGUGCCUGAUUGUACAUAGUUCCUGUAAGCUGACAUGAGGAUAACUGUACGGUUUAAGGACCUAGUGAAUUGUGGGAACAGGUUGCCACUGCAGAGAGGCGGCAUUUAUCCCGGGCCUCCCGUGUAGAAGUCUCUCCGCUCUGUGCGUUUCUCUGUUUGUUCUCUCGGUGCUCCAUCUACCACCUAGUGUCCUCCUUAAACAUUCUCACAUGGUUAGCCUUCAGCACUAAGCUGGGUCCUUCAAUCCCACAGUCUCUCCUUGUCUCUGUUCAACACUUCCACCCAGUCUUUUAAACCUGGCACCGCAUCACAUUUUAAGUUCAGCCAAGAAUCACCAAACUAAUGAGAAUUGGAACAAACGACCACCAAAAGUCAAAUCACAGAUUUACAACCUAAAUCUUCAGACACUUAGCCCUGUGUCACCAGGCCUCUGUGGACUGUAAAACAGAGUGCUUCUCUGGCAGCUUGUCACCAACACAAUAGGAACCUGGUUUGUGGUGGAACAAAGCGUACCUCUAUAUUCACAUAAUGAAGCACUCUAGGCUUCAGAGGGGCUUUUGCACAUGACGUUUUCUCUUUAUAUUUAAACUUUUUAUGAUAUAUCAUGCUUUCCAGGGAAGGGGGUGUGUGUGAACACGUAGAUCAUAAACUGUGUUUACUUGGUUCAUUCUAAGUGACAUCACAAUGUAAGAGCAAGGCAGCGAGUUGUACUUAAAAAUGGGAGCACUUAGUGUGAUAGCUAAUAAAUGUGUGAAACCAU